AUGAAAUUAUCCAAGAUUUUGAUUAUUGGUAUUGUCUUAUCAGCAUGUUCCAUUUUGUCGGUGAGCGGAGAAAUUCAAGACGAUAUUGAAAAUAAAGUUAAACGUGAAGAGUAUAGACCAGUUAAAUCUGGACGUGGGCAUCGUCGUAAUGACGGAAAGCAAGGUGGAGGCUCUCAUGAGAAACGUCAAGAGUACAGACCAGUUAAAUCUGGACGUGGGCGUCAUCGUAAUGACGGAAAGCAAGGUGGAGGCUCUCAUGAGAAACGUGAAGAGUACAGACCAGUUAAAUCUGAACGUGGAACUGUUCGUAGUGACGAAAAACAAGGGGGAGGCUCUCGUGAGAAGUGA